GUCUAUAGCGUCAAGUCUCUGUGCCAAUCAUCCAUCUUCUCCUUCUUCACAUUUACCCAGAGAACUUUGAUACGAAGAAGGAGACGAAGAAUAUCUCGCCACCGCAGCGACAGCUUCAUCGAUCAUGCCUCGUUCUAUCCAAGCUGUUAAGUUCGUGACCCUCAUCCUCGACGGAGCCUCCACCGCUAUUGCCAGGCGGGGGUUUGCCGCAGCGGCGGAGGGAGGAGCUGCUGUGAAAACUGGUGCAGUGAGGAGCGGCACCGCCUUGAAGAGAACCGGAGAGGAGAAACUGAAGUCCGUGGAGAAGGUGUCGUGGGGACCCGACCCAAAGACCGGAUACUACAGGCCCGAGAAUGCCACAGCGGAGAUCGAUGUGGCUGAACUGCGGGCGGCGCUGCUUAAGCACAGCAACUGAAUGGACCGGGUUCGAAUGAAAAUGAGAGAGUACGCGAUUGAGAGCUCACACCAGAAUAAUGAUUUCGCGAACUCAAUCCGUUGCUAAGAUUGCCUUAGCGUUAUACUGAUCCAUUAGUUGACCGACAUGCAUGUAAUUCAAAGUGUCUCAUUAUUUUUUUUUCCUAUUGAAAUAUAUUUCGAUUGUUCAUCAUUUAUCCCGUUAAUAUAAAAAAAAAGGAAGAAAAAGAAGAUGUGUUCUUAUUCA